AUCGGAUACUGCGUCGCACAUUCCCUAAGUCUUGCAGCAGAAGCGAAAGUCAUGCGCGUACGUUUCGUGGCUCGGUCUGUCGUAUAAGGUUUGGAAUGUGAGCCGCCGAGAUCCCAAGAGUCUGGGCCGCCCCGGCGUCUCACGCAAUCGCCAAUGUUCCGCCUGAUCACCCAUAACUUCAUGUAGCGAGAAUAUUACCAUUCAUCCACCUCUGGAACCGCUGUCUCUACGGGGCUGUGAAAGAUUAUUGGCUAGCAUCGCUGCAAGCCAGCAACAAACUGAUCUUUACGGCAUUGCAGAGAAGCAGCACCUGGCUUGAAGGCUCCAAGAACCUUACCACUUCUGACGUGCGCACUGCGCCAGGCGAGAAACGACUAGGAGCCAUGGCGACCAUUACGCAGACUGUGACCAGCACGGUCACAAAGACGCUCGCAUCGGCCGCUGCGUCGAGUAGCUUGCGAGCAGCACCUCAAGGUGGCAUUCUCGAAGGUGGCAAUCCAAGCCAAUACAGCUCGAGCAAUCCGAUCAUCUUGUUCAUUAUACAGGCUGGCAUUAUCAUCAUCUUUUGCCGACUUCUUCACUACCCGCUGUCACGGCUCCGCCAGCCUCGUGUCAUUGCUGAAGUCAUCGGUGGCAUACUGCUUGGUCCUUCGGUCAUGGGCCAUGUCCCAGGCUUUACGGCGGCUAUCUUUCCGGCCGCAGCCAUGCCGAACCUCAACCUCGUUGCUAAUCUUGGACUGGUGCUCUUCCUGUUUUUGGUUGGCCUAGAGGUCGACCUGCGGUUCUUUGUCAGCAAUUGGAAGGUCGCCAUCAGUGUUGGGACCGCGGGCAUGGUACUACCAUUCGGUCUAGGUUGCGCAAUCGCUUGGGGCCUCUAUAACGAAUUCAGACACGAACCUGGAACGGUACCCAUCGCCUUCGGAACAUACAUGCUGUUCAUCGGCGUGGCAAUGUCCAUCACGGCUUUCCCAGUCUUGUGUCGCAUCUUGACGGAGCUGAAGCUGCUUUCGACUCCGGUGGGCAUCAUCGUGCUAUCUGCUGGAGUCGGUAACGACGUUGUUGGCUGGAUCCUCCUUGCGCUCUGUGUCGCGCUUGUGAACGCAGGAAGUGGUAUUACGGCACUAUGGGUGCUACUGACUUGCGUAGGGUAUGCACUGUUCUUGGUUUUCGUAGUUCGGCCAGUUUUCUUGAUGAUCUUGCGCCGAUCACGAGCGCUUCAAGAUGGUCCGUCGCAGUCGAUAGUAGCGCUUACACUCAUGAUUGCGCUCACAUCGGCGUUCUUCACUGGUGUCAUUGGCGUUCAUCCCAUCUUCGGCGCAUUCAUGGCAGGUCUAAUCUGCCCUCACGAAGGUGGCUUUGCGAUCAAAGUCACAGAGAAGGUCGAGGAUCUUGUCAGCACGCUCUUUCUGCCGCUGUACUUCGCUCUCUCUGGCUUAUCGACAAAUCUCGGCUUACUCAACACUGGCAUAACCUGGGCUUAUGUUAUCGGCGUCAUUGCUGUCGCCUUCUGCGCCAAGUUCAUUGGCGGGACGCUUGCCGCACGGUUGAACGGCCUGGUUUGGCGGGAGUCUGCUACCAUUGGUGUUCUAAUGUCCUGCAAAGGGUUGGUCGAGCUGAUCGUACUCAAUAUUGGACUGUCAGCGAAGAUUCUCAGCCAACGGACGUUUACAAUCUUUGUCGUCAUGGCGCUUGUCACGACAUUUGCCACUACACCACUCACCGCAGCGCUGUAUCCACCAUGGUACCAGCGAAAGCUGGAGGCGUGGAAGCGUGGUGAGAUCGAUUGGGACACCGGAGCACCGAGCAGUGACGCAACGUUUGAUGCGGACAGCAUAGCCGCCCAGAAACUGGAGUCGGCACGCAUUAAGAGCCUCCUGGUAUACUUGCGACUUGACAACAUGCCGACUUUACUGGCCUUGGUGUCUCUCCUCGGAGGCAAGCCUGACGAUACUGUAGAGCUCAAGCACCCUUCGAAAACGCUAGAACUGACAUUUCUGGCGCAGCAAUCUCCCUCAAAGCAGCGCAAACAGCCAAUCGAAGUACACGGUGUUCGGCUUGUCGAAUUGACAGAGCGUGCCUCGACCGUCAUGAAGGUAUCCGAAGUGGACGAAUACAGCAUCUUCGAUCCCGUCCUUAACGCCUUUCGCGUGCUUGGCCAACUCUACAGCCUGACCGUCUCCGGCGAAGUGUCCGUCGUUCCUGAGAACUUAUACGCUGAAACACUCACUACGAAAGCUGCCGAAGAUGGUUCGGACCUUUUGCUGCUCCCAUGGAGUGAGACAGGAAGUAUAAGCGAGUCAACGACGAUCUCCACAGACAGUCGAAGAGACAGACUAGGUCUGAACGCAUACACGACCUUCAUCACCGAAGCACUGGACAAGGCGCAAUGCAAUACAGCAGUCUUCGUCAACAGGGGUUUCAGCGGCACACUUACGCAGCGUCCGUCCGCACUCCAGCGAUCAAUGAGCGCAUUGAGCAUCCGGAGCCAACGUGGACAUUCCAAGAUGCGACCGAGUGGUGACCGGAGACAUCACAUCUUCAUGCCGUUCUUCGGUGGUGCAGAUGGACGAAUAGCAUUACGGCUCGUUAUGCAGCUAUUGGAAAGCCCUGGAGUUACCGCGACAAUCGUCCACUACACCACCAACGACGAUACAGUCGGAGACAAGGGCGUGGAGCCGGCCGGCGUGCAGUCCGAGGUCAUCGAAACAAAAGCUAGCCUCGCGCGGCAUCAGAUUACACACGAGAGUGACGCGGCCUUCUUCGCGACGAUGCAGAAGUCCCUUCCCUCGGACAUGGACGGUAGAGUGGUCUUUGAGACUGAUUACGGUCCGUCAGCCAUCGGUAAGGCCACAUUGACAGCAGAGGCUGAGGUCGGACACGAUCGUCGGGACGGAGGUGAUAUCGUUGUGCUUGGGCGGGACAACGAAAUAUUCGACGUGGGCCCUAUGAGCUACAACAGAUGUCUCGGUGCUGUCGCGUACAACAUUAUCGGCCGGAAGGCAAUCACGGCGAGCUUGCUCAUUGUCCAGGCGAAAGGCAAUGACGUGGUUUAG